UUUACCUCUUUCUCGCAUAAAAUGCUUAGAAAGGCGGCAAUAUCUUCUUUGACUUGUCUUUUAUUCCCUUCUUCAAAGCUUUUUUGUUCAUUUCCUUCCCCCUCCUUUUUUCAUUCACAAUCCAGAAAAAUAAAAUUUAAAUUUUUUUUAUUUUUCAUUUUUAUCCCAUCAUAUAAGGAGGAGGGGGGAGGGAUAAUCUGCAUAAGUCAACUAAAUUCUUUUUUUGCUUUUGGCAAUUGUUUCUUCUCUAAACUUUUCCCUUUUUAUCCCUUAAGGACAUAA